UGUCUCUGUAUAAACACGUGGAAAUAAUAAAUAACAUACGUUUUUGUAACAUAUAAAAUGGAUCUUUUAGAACAACACAAGCGCAAGCGAAUAUGUCAGUGUUCACAGAAACUUAAGGCAAAUGGUAUGUAUUAUUUCAAUAAUCUCAUGAGCAAGGGCAUGUGUCAAUGAUCAAUUCUACAUUUAAACAUAAAACAAUGAUGCCUGUGUCCCAGCCAGUGCGUGCCAAGAGUUUGUUACGCGCAAACUUAGAAAAUUCUCGCGGGCGAAUUUUGCAGAGCAGAAUGCCAAAUAUCAAAGUCUUCAGUGGCACAUCACAUCCAGAUUUGGCUCAACGAAUUGUCGACAGACUCGGUAUUGACAUUGGAAAGGUUGUCACCAAAAAAUUCAGCAACCUCGAAACAUGCGUGGAAAUAGGAGAAUCCGUUCGUGGAGAAGAUGUAUACAUUGUUCAAAGUGGAAGCGGAGAAGUCAAUGACAAUUUAAUGGAGUUAUUGAUUAUGAUAAAUGCAUGCAAAAUUGCUUCUGCAUCUAGAGUUACUGCUGUAAUUCCUUGUUUCCCGUAUGCAAGACAAGAUAAGAAGGAUAAGGGUGGUGAUGGAGGUGACAACAGAAAUUCUAAGAAACAAAUUAUCAUGAAGUCAAACGAGUGGAAAUUCAGGAGUCGUGCACCUAUUUCAGCAAAAUUAGUAGCAAAUAUGUUGUCAGUAGCAGGAGCUGAUCACAUUAUUACGAUGGAUUUGCAUGCUAGUCAAAUACAAGGAUUUUUUGACAUUCCAGUUGACAAUUUAUUUGCUGAACCAGCUGUUCUAAAGUGGAUUAAAGAAAAUAUUAUAGAAUGGCGAAAUAGUAUCAUUGUUUCUCCAGAUGCCGGUGGUGCUAAAAGGGUAACAUCUAUUGCUGACCGAUUAAAUGUUGAAUUUGCUCUUAUACAUAAAGAAAGGAAAAAGGCAAAUGAAGUUGCUAGUAUGGUAUUAGUUGGAGAUGUAAAAGAUAGAGUUGCUAUUUUAGUAGACGAUAUGGCUGACACUUGUGGUACUAUUUGUCAUGCAGCAGAAAAACUUCUAGAAGCUGGAGCAACGAAAGUAUAUGCCAUAUUAACACAUGGUAUUUUCAGUGGCCCAGCAAUUAGUAGAAUUAACAAUGCUUGUUUUGAAGCUGUGGUAGUAACAAAUACCAUUCCUCAAGAUGGCCAUAUGAAGGAUUGCCCAAAGAUACAGUGUAUUGAUGUAUCAAUGAUGUUUGCUGAGGCUGUAAGGCGAACUCAUAAUGGUGAAUCUGUAUCGUACCUGUUUUCAAAUGUACCGUAUUAGAUGAAAAUCUUCCUGAUAAUAUACUCUUUAAAACUA